GCAGCCUCCGCUGACUCCGGCAUUGCCACGGUAACCGGGCUGCUCCGUUCAGCUGCACUGAUUUUACCCUUUUCUUCCACAAAAUCAUUUACAGGGAACAACUAGAGCUCAAUUUACCCUGAAAAUCAACAUGGUGAAGCUGGGCAGUUCUCUUGGUGAGAAGGUGGAGAGGCAGCCAUCUCUGGAAGAUGGCUUUGAUAACAUCCCUCUGAUCACACCACUGGAGGUUAACCAGCUCCAGAAACCUUUUCCAGACAAGGUGAUUGUCAAAACAACCACUGAGUAUCAGCUGCAGAAGAAGCAGAAGAAAAAACUCUACCUGCCUGGAAUUAAGAAGCUCAACAUAAACCUUUAUGAUGAAAUGUCGGAAAAGGUCAAGCUCACCGGACUUAUAAUUAUCACCCUGGCAUUCCUGGCAUGCCUGUUGUUGCUGGUUAUGUAUAAAGCUCUGUGGUACGACCAGCUUAGCUGCCCGGAGGGAUUUGUCCUCAAGCAUAAGCACUGCACCCCGGCUGCUCUUGAUAUGUAUUACCCAGAGCAGGAUGCUGCCUCAAGGGGAAGCCUCUACACAGCCAUCAGCCAUCUGAACCCAGCUAAGAAACCUCACCCAGAGCUGUCCUCCCCCUGGCUGCCCGUCAUUAACGCCCUGAAGGAGUCACAGAAGGCCAAGGAUGGGGCGGGCCACUCCCAGUGAAGGAUGGAGAGAGGGAAUGGAGAUGGUGGAAUAAGGUUUGUUGGAAGAAGUGUUCAGAUGUAUGAAGGGAAAGGUGUAGAUGAUUGUUAAGGUUAUGUGGAUUAAUGUGGUGUGCUGGGUGGAUUAAAUGUGUGUAUUUUGAGUAUUAAAUGAUGAGUGAGACUUUGUAAGAGAAUAUAUGUGUGCUGGUGUUGCUUCUGUGUUAUAAAUAUCCACACAAGAUGAGAUAUUUGUUUUGAAAGUGCUGAGAUGAUAUUUAUCUUAAAAGCUAAGACGCCUGUGUGGCAGCUCUGUUCAAAUCUACCUUACUCAUACUUGACAAUACAAAUGCUUUCAGCUCUUCUUAUUGUACUAAAUCAAAUAUAGAUUCAAAACUCGUUUUUUCCUUUUUUUUUAACUUACUGUGAUAUUGUGGAUUCCAACCUUUUCAUAGAUGUUUGUUUUGCACCUUUCUUUAAGUAGUUUUCGCUCAUAGUUCAAUGUGAAUGUAGUGUAGCUUGGUGGAAUUAUGCAUGGCCUGUACAAUUUGCGUGCCAAAAAGCAUUCAUUCUUGUAAUAAAAAUGUUUCCUAAUUACAAUUCAAGCCAUUUUGAAAUCAACACAUGAAUCCUAACCAGUUUUCUCAAAAAUACCUUUCAUAAAACACAAUAUAUAAAAACAAGACAAUGUAAUAAUGACUAGUACAGACAUAGUUUGGAUAUAAAACCUAUACAAUGUACACAUUCUGAUUUCAGUGUAGAAAUGAAUGUAUAAUCACUUGCUGUUUGCAAUUUUAAAUAGUAACACAUGCUGAAUGUAAAGUGGAACACAAGUGCACAAGAUUUGAAAUGUAUUUAGAACCAUGUAUUAAGAAAUUUUUGUUUGUUCAUUAGCACUAAAAUCACUCACCAGCAUCUGUAAAAGUAUUUAAUAAACACGUCCUCAAGAAUGCGAAAUAUACGAAUUAAAUUAUGAUUUACAUGUAUGAUCUGUGUGUUGAUAUGAGAGUGGGAGUCUUAAUUUAUGUCUUCUGAAGGAUGCCAUUCUGAAUGUGAAUUUACAAUCGAUAUAAUUAUGGGUCCCAUGUUCCCUGACUUGCUUUGACUGUGCCAGACUUAUUUACAUCUUUUUUAAAUUAAUCUAUUGUUUAUCUGUUUUAUUUUUACUUUUACAUUUUGUUAAGUUAUUUAUUUAUUUAUUUAUUUAAUGUUACAACUAUUAUGUACUCUCAGGAUUAUGUAUUUAUUUGCUAUAAUUAUUUAAUUAACUGGAUUGCAUUUCUAUAUUUAUUAACUUGGAUAUUAAUUUCUUAUUUAUUUUCAUAAAUUUUUGGUGAAGAUUGUAUAUUUUUACUGGAACAGGAAGGUUAUUGUAAGAUUCUUUGAUGAAGUAGAUACUAAUGUUAAAUCUACACUAUUCAGUCGUGUAUUAUGGCACCUACUGUUAAUCACUCGCUUCUCCCAGAAAAAUAAAUAAAGAUUUCAAUAUUCAGCUCUCAAA